AUGGAGCCUUUCGUAGUUGGCGGGGAGUAUGCCCGAAUUACUCAAUACCCACACUCAGUAUUUCUGGACAUCACAUGUCAGGAUACGUUUAUUUGCGGAGGUUCUCUCAUCACUCAACAACUAGUACUGACUGCUGCCCAUUGUAUAUCUACGUGUAAAAGCAGUCGCGGCGAUCACGUGACUCUGAAAUACGGCCAUGAAUACUUGGAGCAAAUGAAGUCAGCGGUGGUAGGGAAGUACGUGAAACAUCGAUACUUUGAUGAUGAUACGUUGGAAUUUGACAUAGCAAUGGUACUUUCUAAGACCGUGGUGCCGUUGGGCAAAUUCGUAAAACGGGUAGCCAUUUUGCCUAAGAAUCCGCAGCAGCCAUUGGCGGGGUAUAUGGCUGGCUGGGGAGUUAUUAACUCCCAAGAAGAAGAAUCGAUGGCGCUGAAGGCUACAGUUCAGAAGUUUCAACCGAGCGAUGUGUGCAGUCUCCUGGGGCCUUUACCGGAUGGUACCUUUUGUGCAGGGCCUAUUAAGGGACAGGGGGCUCCUGAUCAGGGUGACUCAGGAAGUGCCUUCGUUAUAAGAGGCUACAUUCAGCUGGGCAUCGUCUCUUAUAAGAACCCUAAGUACAGCCUGGUCGUCUACACCAACACCACAUACCACUAUGAUUGGAUUGUGCAAGCGGCUGAUAAGUUAAACUGUUGA